GUCAUUGUUUUGGGGGCGUAAACAGGAAGACUCGUGUUGUUUCAUGAGGCGACAACAUGCUGUGAAACAUCGUGACGUGAAGUUUGAUUUGUAUGAAGUCGGUUUGUAACGUGGCUGUUGAAUUACUUCAGUCCAGAGGAGCUCACAGUUCAGCCGCGGCUCGUCGACUCGGAGCAGAGAUGUGUAAAGAGCUGAAGACCAAAGUGCUGCGUCUGAUGCCGGCGACCUCCAACGGGCCGUGCGUCCACCAGGAGAGCCACACAGAUGGUGCUGAGAUCCUGAGUUGCACAGUGAAGGCUCUGAAGGAGGGCGCAGUGGUCGCCGUCCCCACAGACACCAUCUACGGCCUGGCAUGUCUGGCCCAGAACUCUGAAGCCAUCAAAAAAACCUACGACAUUAAAGGACGAAAUGGACAGAAGCCGUUGGCCAUCUGCGUCGGAGAAAUUCAGGAUAUCUAUAAGUACUGUAAGGUGCCGGUGAAGGAGGCGCUGUUAAGUGAUCUGCUGCCAGGUCCCGUCACUCUGGUGUUCGAAAGAUCUGAAGUCCUGAACACAGACCUCAACCCGUUUACUUCGCUUGUAGGCGUACGUAUCCCAGACCAUGCCUUCAUGAGACGCCUCUGCCAGAUGUGCGGAGAACCACUCGCACUUACCAGCGCCAACAUCAGCUCGCACACCAGCACCGUGGCUGUACAUGAGUUUCAGGAACUGUGGCCCAAACUAGCAGUGGUGGUGGACGGAGGACCAAUAGGAGACCAGAGCCGCCUCGGAUCGACAGUGGUCAACCUAUCAGUACUUGGCAAAUAUCGCAUCAUCAGACCCGGAUGCGCCCUUUCUUCGACGGUUGACGUGCUGGAGCACAAAUAUGGACUGUCAGAGGACUUGGGCCAACAAUGACCUUUGGAACGCUCCACAAACCCUUACAAAACACGCUGAGACGCACAACCAGCUUCAACCCUUGGACAAAAAGAAUCCUCAUCCCAUCACAAGGAAGAAUUAAUCUUUCUCGGGAAAGACUAGAACUCAGGAACAACUCGAGCGUUAAACUGCUGACGGCCGAUAUUAUUCUGUUGGCUGGUUUAAGGUCUGGAGUAACUUUUUCUUUCGGCGACCAUAUUUUCUGCCUUACUAUGUGUCUGCUAUCGUGGGACUAUGUGGGGUUUUAAGAUGUAUCGCAGUUCCUUAUCAUUUAUUCAGAAACAUAGGUCAGCUUUGCUCUUCUUUGUAUAACAAUAAAACUAUAUGUUUUUGUAUUGUCUAUUGCAAUGUAGCUUAACUGAGAAUGUAAUGGUUUGAGUUUUUAUUUUGACUUGAUAAUUUCGGGAACUUAUUUUAUAACCAAAGUCCAAAAUUAUUUUUUAAAAGUAUGAAUCCCCUGUAUUUAUUUUAUCCGUUAGGCUUGCAUCACAAUUGGUCACUUGCCACAGUUGAAACAACACUGUUUUAUGUUGUAGAUUAAACUAUAUUGCAUUUA